AUGGGGAGCGGGGCCAGUGCCGAGGACAAGGAGAUGGCCAAGAGGUCCAAGGAGCUGGAGAAGAAGCUCCAGGAGGAUGCGGAUAAGGAGGCCAAGACAGUCAAGUUGCUGCUGCUUGGGGCUGGAGAGUCAGGGAAGAGCACCAUCGUGAAGCAGAUGAAGAUCAUCCACCAGGACGGUUACACGGAGGAGGAGUGCAUGGAGUUCAAGUCCAUUAUCUACGGGAACAUCCUGCAGUCCAUCCUGGCCAUCAUCCGCGCCAUGUCUACGCUGGGCAUUGACUAUGCCGAGUCCUCCUGCGCGGAUGAAGGCCGGCUGCUCUUCAACCUGGCUGACUCCAUCGAGGAGGGCACGAUGCCCCCCGAGCUGGUGGCCUGCAUCAAGAAGCUGUGGAAGGACGGGGGGGUUCAGGCGUGUUUUGACCGUGCUGCCGAGUAUCAGCUCAACGACUCAGCCGCGUAUUACCUGAACCAGCUGGACAGGAUCACAGCCCCCAACUACCUCCCCAACGAGCAGGAUGUGUUGCGAUCCCGAGUGAAGACCACAGGGAUCAUCGAGACCAAGUUCUCUGUCAAAGACCUGAAUUUCAGGUGGGUAGGAGCCUCCCCCACCUCCAUGAUCACUCCUCCAUGAUUCCCCGCAGCCCUGAUGGUGGGGAUGGAUUUUGGGAUGACCCUGACACUCGAGGGAGCACCAAUACCCUCCCAGAGACAGUGAUUCCUGUCCCCCAAGGAUGUGGCACCAGAACCAUCGCAUGGGGGGUGUCAGGAGCAGGUGUGUGUGUCCCUCAUCCUUGUCCCUUUUGAGGAAAAGAUCAAGAAAGUCCAUCUCAGCAUCUGCUUCCCAGAGUAUGAUGGUCCAAACACAUUUGAGGACGCAGGGAAUUACAUCAAGACCCAGUUCCUGGAUCUCAACAUGCGGAAGGACGUGAAGGAGAUCUACAGCCACAUGACCUGUGCCACAGACACACAGAACGUCAAGUUCGUCUUCGACGCCGUCACAGACGUGAUCAUCAAAGAGAACCUCAAGGACUGCGGCCUCUUCUGA